CUUCACAUCACUUUACAUUCUCCUUCACUCCCUAACCACACACGGACACGCUUUACCUGCAAAGCACGUAACCUGAGGAGCACACCUGGACAGGUAGCUUGUGAGGUGAGGCUUCGCUACCAAAGAAGUGCCAGCCAUGUCUCGCUUGCCGAGCUGGUCUCUGUUGUGUUUGGGUGUUCUGGGUGUAUGGGCUCAAGAGUUUUAUGAGGAAAGAACGGGACCUACACGAGUGAAGACCAGGGGACAGACUUCAGCUCUUCUGCAGAAACAUGACGGUCAAGGUGAGACGCAUCCUUCCAUCUUGGAUGAGGACUGCAGUUUGGAGUUGGCCUUCCUGCUGGACAGCUCUGAGACGGCCAAAGACAACCAUCAGCUGGAGAAGCAGUUUGCUAUGGACAUUAUAGAAGGUCUACAGAGCAUCCGCUUGGACACGGCUCGUAAACUCAGCUGGAGAGCGGCUCUGCUUCAGUACAGCAGUCACGUCAUCAUCGAGCAGACCUUCAGCCAAUGGCGAGGCUCGGAGAACUUCAAGAGCAGCAUCGCGCCCAUGGCAUACAUCGGCCACGGGACCUACACCACCUACGCCAUCACUAACAUGACCAAGAUAUUUGUAGAAGAAUCAAGUCCAGACAGCAUCAAGAUCGCCCUGCUGCUGACGGACGGCUCCUUCCAUCCCAGGAAUCCUGAUAUCUUCUCGGCGAUGGCCGAUGCAAAGAACCAGGGUGUGAAGGUCUUCACCGUCGGCAUCACCCACACAGCCAACGACCUGGGAAACGUUGCCAACCUGAGACUGCUGGCCAGCACGCCCGCCUCCAAAUUCCUUUAUAAUCUGCAGGACACGACCGUCAUGGAGAAAGUCAUCACUCAGAUCGCUCAACUUGCAAAUGAAGGGUGUCUUCUAGCCCCAAAGUGUGCUUGUGUGAAGGGGGAGCGAGGACCCAGCGGCCCUGCGGGUAAGAAGGGUCGUCCAGGUGAGGACGGAGCCUCGGGGCUUAAAGGUCAAAAGGGUGAAGCUGGUUUGAGUGGAUUACCUGGUCGUGAAGGCUCAGAGGGUAAAGCAGGUUACAAAGGCGAGCAGGGUGAAAGAGGAGAAUGUGGUACUCCAGGAAUCAAAGGAGACCGGGGUCCUGAGGGUCCGGUCGGCAUUCAGGGGGCCAGGGGUCUGCAGGGUAUAGCAGGACCACAGGGUGACAUGGGAGCGGAGGGCCCACAGGGAAAGAAGGGUGAGCGUGGCCCUGCGGGUCCACCUGGAAUUCAGGGUGACGUUGGAGUUGGACUUCCCGGACCAAAGGGCGACAUGGGAUUUCAGGGUAGGUUGGGUCCACCGGGUCCACCUGGCAUUGGCGAGCCGGGUCUGCCUGGACCUCAAGGGCCACAGGGUGUUCAAGGUGAGAAAGGCCCGCAAGGAGAGGGCUUUCCUGGUCCAAAGGGAGACCGGGGUCUAGAGGGUCCGAGGGGACAGAGAGGAUCAUCAGGUCCUGGAAUCAAAGGCGAUAAGGGUGAGUUCGGACCUUCAGGUUUGCCAGGACCAAUCGGGCUCCCGGGGGUCGGCAUUCAGGGAGAAAAGGGCGUUGAGGGUCCGAGGGGACCUCCAGGAGGACGAGGUGUACAAGGAGAAGGUCUUCCAGGUCCUAAGGGAGAUCAAGGUUUGCCUGGAGAGAUGGGUGCUCCGGGAGAGAGAGGGCAAGGAGAAUCUGGAUCAAAGGGUGAGCCUGGAGCUUCUGGACUGUCUGGAGUACCCGGGCUUCCCGGAGAGGACGGUGCUCCAGGACAAAAGGGUGAGCCUGGUGUCAGUGGUUUGAGGGGACCUGAGGGGGCUUCGGGUAUCGGUACUCAAGGAGAGAAGGGAGACCAGGGACAGCGUGGCAUUCGAGGGUUGCCAGGUCCUCCUGGCAUAAGCGGCCCAUCAGGAGCAAAGGGUGAGCCAGGGACACCAGGAAGGUUAGGCAUGCCAGGAUUACCCGGGCGAGCUCUUGCAGGACCCAAGGGUGACCUGGGUCCCACGGGUCCUCCAGGACACAUUGGAGAGACGGGAUACGGCCUACCUGGUCCAAAGGGUGAUCGAGGUCAGCCAGGUCCACCCGGGCAGUUCGGGCCUAAAGGUGAAGGAUUCCCUGGUCCGGUGGGUCUCCCUGGUUUCCCAGGCCCACCAGGUGAGCCCGGCCCCGAGGGCAUCGGUAUUCCUGGACCAAAGGGCGAUGUUGGAUUCAGGGGUUUGCCCGGUUUGCAAGGCCCACCCGGUGAAGGAUUGCAGGGACCACCAGGCAACAUGGGAAGGCAAGGUCCUCCAGGGCCAAACGGACCCCCCGGGGAGGGUAUACAGGGACCUAAAGGUGAUCAGGGUGCUCCAGGAGUCACAGGACCGAGAGGUCCAGCAGGAGAGGGACUCGCGGGGUCAAAGGGUGAUCGUGGUUCGCAGGGUGAGAGAGGAAUAAAAGGUAUCAAAGGUGACAUGGGAGACCCCGGGACCACCGGAUUAUCUGGAAGACCAGGAAUUAAGGGUGACGCGGGUCUUACUAGAGAAGAUAUAAUCAAACUGAUCAAAGAGAUUUGUGGAUGUGGCAUCAAGUGCAAGGAGAGGCCGAUGGAGCUGGUGUUUGUGAUUGACAGCUCAGAGAGCGUAGGCCCUGAAAACUUCGAGAUCAUCAAGGAUUUCGUCACCGCUCUUGUGGACCGAGUCACGGUGGGCCGUAACGCCACCAGGAUCGGUUUGGUUCUGUACAGCUUGGAUGUUCAUCUGGAGUUCAACCUGGCCAGAUACAUGACCAAGCAGGAUGUCAAGAAGGCCAUCAGAGACAUGCCGUACAUGGGAGAGGGCACGUACACCGGCACCGCCAUCCGGAAAGCCACGCAGGAGGCUUUCUACAGCGCCCGCAACGGCGUCAGUAAAGUUGCCAUUGUCAUUACGGAUGGGCAGACGGACAAAAGAGAACCUGUAAAGCUGGAUAUUGCCGUGCGCGAGGCUCACGUGGCUAACAUCGAGAUGUAUGCGCUGGGUAUCGUUAACCUCUCCGACUCGACGCAGGCCGAGUUCCGGAGGGAGCUGAACCUCAUUGCCUCCGACCCUGACAGUGAACACAUGUUUCUCAUCGAUGACUUCAACACGCUGCCAACUCUGGAAUCUAAACUGGUCAGUCAAUUCUGUGAGGACGAGAACGGAGCCCUCAUCUACAAUCGCAUCACCAACGGUGUGAACGGACACAACGGAUUCGGUUAUUAUAACAACGGUCAUGAGGACGCUUCCGCACACGGGAAUAACGUCCAUGGAAGCAGAUUGCAGGACACGGCGGAUAGAACCCAGACUCACACCAGAGGUCGGGGAAACAGCGCACCUCUUCCCAUCAGCCCCGGCCCUCUCAAAACACAGGUGGAUGAAGAUGACUAUGAUGGGGAGGACCUUGACAUAAAAACCCAAAGUCGAGGUGGAGGCACCAUCGCUGUUGUCAAUAAGACCGUCCAGCCUGUGCAGCCAGGAACCAGUACAUCUACAUCAUCAUCGUCAUCAUCAUCAGUAUCAAUAUCUUCUUCAGCUUCCUCAGUGAAUGUGAACGUAAAACCCCGUCCUGUUGUCACUAAAGUGUCAGCUCCUCUAGAUCCUCGAUGUCUGUUGACUUUAAGUCAAGGUUCCUGUAGAGAAUACAUCAUCCGCUGGUACUACGACAAACAGGCGAAUUCUUGCGCUCAGUUCUGGUACGGUGGCUGCGAAGGCAACGAGAACCGCUUCCAAACAGAGGAGGAGUGCAAGAAGACGUGUGUCCUCACAAGCAAAGCUGGUUAACAUGGAUGAAGAUCUCACCACAGAUAUUCUACACUGAACCUUCAUAAAUGAACUCUGAUGUUCUGCAAUGAUGGAUAUGAUCACACUUAUACUCCUUUUAAUGAUUUGAUGUAAUAUCAGAAUUGUUCACCCUGUCUUAAGGCAAGUUCACAAUCUAAAGAAAUGAAGUUUAAAGGAAUCCUGUAGCUGCUGAACAGAUACACAGGUAUGAUGAUGGAUGUUCCUCUUUGUUGUUAUCGUUAUGUGCUUUCAUCAUCAUCAAACACAAUCCAUUUAUUCAUUCACAUUUUUUAUUUUUCACAGUAUAUUCUGAGAAAAUGUGCACUGCUCUAUAUGUGACAAUUGUAACAUGUAGAAAUAUGUUUUGCAUCCUUAACUGGGAAUUGAUUGUUUAUUUUUGUUUUUAUUUAAAUUGAUAUACAAUUUGUGACUUAAAUAAGCAGUAAUUAGGUUGUAUAAACAUAAUAAAUUAAGUUGGUCUGCGUCGGGGUUUUUUAUGAGGAUACAAAUCUUUGAAUUGGAGUUUAGAAUUGUAGGGAGUUGUGUAUUAGGUUCUCAGGUCACUAUGUUUGUAAUUUAAAUUCAAUUAUAAUUUUUCAACCACGGUUUUGUAUAUAUUUUUAAUGUGCUAGUUUUACGAUGAUAAAUUCUGUUAUUUCAACAGAUAUUUGCAAUCCGUUAUGAAUGAGCCACAUGAGAUUCCUGAUCAUUGUUAGUUCUCUGAAACAAACUGUUUUUAGACAUAGAUAUGUUGUUACACAUUUAUGCAAUUUAGAUUUUUGAAGCUGUUUUUGAUAAUAAUUGUGUAUUUCAUGA